AUGACCGCACCCGUGCUAUCUGUCCCUGCCGCUCCCGCGCCCUCCCGCGUACACCAGUGCGCGCCUACACGCCCUAUACACGCGUCUACGCUGGUGCCAUGUCCGAUCACCGUGGGGUGCUCAGCCAGCGACAGCGACGGGGAUCACAGAUCAUGCUGUGUCCGCCCGUGGGCCUCUGCGCGCCCAGGCCGCGCGCGUCGACGCUGUCUGCGCCCUCCGUUCUUCGUCCACUGGCGUCACGAUUUCAGAGCCAUCUCGUGCUCGCUGGGCUCCGCGUCGCUGCAGCCAGAUGGCAGCGCCGCAUUCCCUCUGCUCCCCUCGCCGUGCACGCAGGCCGCCGCAGUCCCGUCCAGCGCACGCACGGCACCCCGCGUCCCCGCGCCCACUCGGAGUCGCGAAUUCGUCAGGGGCGACGCUCCGCGCUUCUCGGGGACGCAGGACGCGCACGCAACACGCGACACGCGACACACCGCAUCCUCCGCCGCGACCACCACACGCGCGCCGUUCGCGGUUUCUAUCUCAUCGGUAUCUGUCCAGCGCACGACAGGGCCUGCUCGAGGCGCAUCGGCAUCCACCCCCAGCGCACCACACACCGCACAUAGUUCCAGCACCGACCGUAAAGAUGGUCACAUCACAGCCGUCCUCAGCCCGCCCGCCCUCCUCCAUAUCCACAUCCACAUCCCCAGCGCCCCCGCCCCACCCCCAUCCGCUGCGAAACCACCCAUCUCAACUCCCCCACCCACACCUGCACGCCCCGCCUCCCGCGCCCCCGCGCCCAUCCAGACCCUCCCCACCGAGCUCCUCGAGCACGUCCUCCUCCUCGCCGCCCCCGCGUCCCCCGCCGCCCCCGCCGCCCUCGCGCGUACCUGCCGCGCCUUCGCCGCCCUCGUCUACGCCGCCCCCGACCAGCACCUCUGGCGCGGGCUCUUCCUCCGCGCGUGGGACGACCCGCGCGCGCUGUCUGGCGAGGCCGGCGUCAGUAGCCGCGAGGGCGCGGGCGCGGGCAUCGACUGGGGGCGCAAGUACCGGCGGCGCGUCGCGGCGCAGCGCUGGUUCGCGUCCGCGCGGGCGGACGCGGCGGGGGCGGGGACGAUGGGCGCGCGCGACGUCGCGCGGACGGCGGGCGCGCUCGAGGCGCUCGUCGUGGCAUCGCCACCAACAUACUCGCCGCGCAGCUUCGCUGUCAACCUCGUCUCCGACCCCUUUGCCCAGCACGCCAACGCCUGCGCCGUCAAUGCGCCCCCGCACGCCAGCAAGUGGGCGCUCAGCGGCCUUACCCGUGCCCCCAGCAUCAGGCCCCCGCGCACGCGCCGAGCAGCAUGGGGAGCUCGCAGCGCGCGCUCAGCCCCCACAACACUUGCGUCAUCAAACUGCGCCGGUCCCGCGUCUUACAUCAUAGCAGCGGGGCGAUCUAGAUACAUUCAUAUGGUGCAUCAUAAAUUAUCUACUCGGACAUAUGGCUUCCGAUACUCGCCUGCAAACUGCCCCGACUCGUCGCGCUUGCCCCACGACUGCCGCGCAUCUAGACGACUGCCCCCGACCGCGCCUACGUGCAGCCAGCGCUGUGCGCGCAUCAUGGACUAUCCGCGCAUAGGCUGCGCCGUCAAAGUGCGCCGGGCGUACAACUCAACGGCGGCCGUCUCUGUUCCGCGUCAUCUCACACCCGCCCCCGACCGUGCCUGCAUCCUCCCGCUCUCAUUGCGGCGACAACGACAUGGGUCGUCCGCAUCGUCACGGCCAGACGACUUGGGUAAGCCAGCGGGCCAUGACGUGCAAACGGCGGGCACGCGGAUCAAGAUUCCGGCACACGUGCUGCGGCCGCGCUCGCUCUUCUCGUUCGACGGCAGCGCUGAGAAGGAAGCAGAUUCAGCGGUGAGCCACCCGCGCUACAUCCCUACCAUUAGCUGCCCGGGUGAGUUGCCGAUCCCCCUCCGCCCCAUUUCCCACCCCGCGCAUCUGCCGCUAACUUCCACCCUCAGGUUCGUUGCGUGA